UAACACCACAGAACGACCGAGGCGCAAGAGACGAAUUAAUAGUCUCAGCCACAGGAAGGUUUCGUCACCCCGUCACAUCCAGAAAAGGGAAAAGAAAAACACGGGUGGAGCGUCACACAACAAAAACAUUGGCAGGUGUAGAACGUCUCCAGAUAACGUCAUGGGAAAAAACAAGUUACAUUCCAAGCAGCCAAUCAAAUCGGGCAACCCCAUCUACAAGAGAGCGGGAGCACUUCCAGGGAAAGCCAAGGCAAAAACGAAGCCAGUUAAAACAAAUCUCCGCAAAUUAAAGAUAAAGAAUGAAGAAGCAAUAAAAUCAUUGGACAAGAAGGUGGACUCCUUCCGCCAGGCUGUGAGCGACAGCCAAAAGAAGCCUAAGGAGGAACGGCCACCAAGACCCACAGCAGAAGAGCCACCAGAAGUGAAUAUGGAAGAAGCAGCUGAGGAAUUGUCAAAAUUGUGAUGAGAAAUUAGUCAGCCGUUUAUUUUCCUCAUAAGUUGCCUUAAGAUACAGAAUAUAUCAUAGGAGUUAUGA